GAAUGGCAACUCGCGCACUUGAAGCCGGACUCGGCGAGAGGCGCGUGCGGGGUGGGAAGCUGCCAGAAGCAGUGUAGCACACUGCUCCAGUGCGAGGCACGCGCUGCUCAAGUGGAGGCGAACAGCUGUGGAAUAAACUGCGGCGACGCACACAGUGGCUUUAUUUCCGUGUGACGACGUAAGACGCCGAGUGAAAGGGGGCUCGCACAGGAGAAAGCAACGAAGACAGACGAUAACAAACCAGGGAGUGGUCCGAAUCCAGUUCGUCCAGGUCUGAAACGAAGGAUGUACUACACUCGUCGGUCCGUUAGUUAGAGACUCGAGAGGACCCCUCUGGAUACAAGCUCUUCUGCCAUCCCGCAUUCCCACCAGGUUUGCAGGCGAGCGGGGCUCGCGGACGGAGCGUGCAGCACGAGGCUGGAGCAGUACGAAUGAUCAACAGCAUUGCAUUCCUCCGCAUAUAGAGCACAGCUUUAAUGAAGAAGCAGACCCUCCAACAGUCUUGUUGAAGGGGACACGACGCCCUCCAGGACAAGGAUGGAGUCACCAUGGAAACCACUUCUUCUCCUGUCUGUCAUCGGUGGCCUGUCAGAAUUCUCCGGAGCGCUGGGGCGGAUCCCGGCGGCGUACGGGGCGGAGCCGGGGACGCCGACGGACAGCUCGCCUUCCUCGCCCCCCGCCUCUGGGGCGCGGGCGCGGCGCCAUCGCGGCGCGGGACCCCCGGACCCCCUCUCCCCCCCUCGCCUGUCCCCCCUCGGCCUGUGGGGGUCCCAGGAGGACCCGGGGAGCAAAGAAAAUGCGAGGUUUGGACCGGUGUUUGUUCAGGAGCCUGACGAUACCAUAUUUCCGCUGGAGUCUGAAGAGAAGAAAGUUACGAUGAUCUGUGAAGCGAGAGGAAACCCUUCACCCACGUACAGAUGGAUGUUCAACGGGACCGAGCUGGACGUGGGAAGCGACUUUCGCUACACGCAGAUCGAGGGCAGCCUGGUCAUCGCGGAGCCCAGCGAGGGCCGGGAUUUGGGGCAGUACCAGUGCAAGGCCACCAACCUUUUCGGCAGCGUCCUGAGCCGGGACGCCCUCCUUCAGUUCGCAUAUCUGGGGAACUUCAGCAGCAGAGCGCGAGGGGGCGUGUCCGUGCGCGAGGGACAGGGCGUCGUUCUCAUGUGCUCCCCUCCGGCCCAUUCCCCAGAGAUCACGUACGGGUGGGUGUUCAACGAGUUCCCGUCGUUCGUGGUGGAGGACAGCAGACGCUUCGUCUCCCAGGAAACGGGGAACCUGUACAUCUCCAAGGUGCAGCCCUCGGACGUGGGGAGCUACAUCUGUCUGGUGAAGAACCCGGUGACCAACGCCCGGGUGCUCAGCCCGCCCACUCCGCUCACGCUCAAAACAGACGGUGUAAUGGGGGAAUACGAGCCGAAGAUCGAGGUGCACUUCCCUCCGACGGUAAUGGCGGCCAAGGGGGUGACUGUGAGGCUGGAGUGCUUCGCCCUGGGAAACCCCGUCCCCACCAUCACCUGGAGGAAGCUCAACGGGAACAUCCCCAAAAAGGCCCGGCUGCGCAAGUCCCAGGCGGUGCUGGAGAUCCCCAACGUGCAGCUGGACGACUCGGGCAGCUACGAGUGCAAGGCUGAGAACCCCCGGGGGGGGAACGCCUUCAGGGGCCAGCUGCAGGUCUACACCUUUCCUCAGUGGAUCAGCGUGAUCAACGACACGCAGCUGGACAGCGAGGAGCAGCUGCAGUGGGAGUGCAAGGCCACGGGGAAGCCCAGGCCCACCUACCGCUGGCUGCGCGAUGGCGCCCCCUUGUCCCCGGAGGCACGAAUGGAAUUUGUGAACGGGCUGAUGUCCGUCAGGCGCGUGGGCAUUGCGGACUCUGGGAUGUACCAGUGCAUAGCUGAGAACAAGUACGGAGCCAUCUACUCUAAUGCUGAGCUCAAAGUCCUAGCGUCCGCGCCCGCCUUCCCCCCCAGUCCCGUCCGCGUCAUCGCCACCGUGGGGAAGGAGGUGUCCCUGGAGUGCAGGCCCAGCGCCUCCCCGAAACCCACGGUCACCUGGAAGAGAGGGGACCGGAGGAUACUGCCCAGUAAGAGGAUCCUGCUGUUGAACAACACCCUUCGGAUCCUGAACUCCAGCCGCGGGGACGAGGGGAACUACGUGUGCCAAGCGAUUAACAUGUUCGGCUUCGCCGAGAUGACCACCACGCUGUGGGUGAAAGAGCCAAUGAGUGUCGAGCUGAGCCCGGCGCGGGUGGAGGUGACGGUCGGGGAGAGCGUGGUGCUCAGCUGCAAGGCCAGACACGACCCCUCCCUGGACGUGCGCUUCCUGUGGCUCCUCAACCAGCAGCCUCUCAGCUUCAACCAGGAGGGCGGCCAUUUUGAGUACAUCCAAACAGUAAGUGCCGAGCCAGGGGAGCCAGGGGAUCCAGAGGAUUCCGACGAGGGUCGAUCCGUUUCACGUCCCCCAGGUCCCCCGGGGGUGGUGAUUGUGGAGGAGAUCACGGACACCACGGCGACGCUGUCCUGGAGCCGGGGGGUGGACAACCACAGCCCCAUCGGCUCCUACAACCUGCAGGCCCGGAGCCCCUUCUCCCUGGGCUGGCAGACCGUCAGGACAGACCCGAGUCAUGUGACGGGGGACAUGGAGUCGGCCGUGGCGGUGGAGCUGAACCCCUGGGUGGAGUACGAGUUUCGGGUGGUGGCCACCAACGCCAUCGGGACGGGGGACCCCAGCGCCCCCUCCAGGGCGGUCCGGACCAAGGAAGCGGUUCCCUCGGUGGCCCCGGCCAACGUGAGCGGAGGAAAUGGCCGUCGGCACGAGCUGGUGAUAUCCUGGGAGCCAGUGUCCGAAGAGUUCCAGAACGGGGAGGGGUUCGGCUACAUCGUGGCGUUCCGGGCCAACGGGACGCGCGGCUGGAAGGAGAAGAUGGUGACGUCGGCGGACUCCACCACCUUCAAGUACCGGGACGAGACCUUCCCGCCCCUCACCCCCUUCGAGGUCAAAGUCGGGGGGUACAACAACAAGGGCGACGGCCCGUUCAGCAGAGUGGUCACCGUCUACUCCGCGGAAGGAGAGCCCCGCGAGGCCCCCUCCGGGGUCUCCGCUGCCAGCCUGUCUGCCUCCGAGAUCCAGGUGCGAUGGAGGUCCUCUAAUCCGGGGCCUGGAAGACCCUGGGGAUACGAGGUGAGCUACUGGAAGGACGCGGAGCGGGAGGACUCGGGCCAGAAGGUGAGGACGCCCGGAAACGAGACGUCCGUCCUGCUGACCGGCCUGGAGGGAAACAGCCUCUACCUCAUCAGCGUCAAAGGCUACAACAGCAUCGGCCACGGUCCCCCCAGCAACGCCGUCCAGGCCCACACCAAAAAGUCCCCCCCCAGCCAGCCCCCGUCCAAUCUGAUGUGGAUUCAGGAGGGGAACAACGUCUCUCUGUCCUGGGAGCCAGUGAGGUCCAUGGACAACGAGUCUGAUGUGAUUGGCUACAAGGUGUCCUUACGUCAGGAGGGGCGGAGUCACAGUCAGGUGAUCAGGACCCAGAAUCCCUCGGCCGUGCUCUCCCUGCCCGAGGGGGGUACCUACAUCAUCGAGGUGCAGACGCUGAGCGACGGAGGGGAGGGGGCUACCAGCGCCCCCGUCAGAGUCCUCACCUCCUCAGGAGUCCGGGCGAAGAGUGGUCAGCAGUCUGUGAUCAUCCAAUCCUGGGGCUCGAUAUGGACUCCGCUGCUCCUGGCUCCACUGGUGCCUUUAGCUCCCUGGUGAUGUCAGAGUUCUGACCCCGCCCCCUGGGCGGGACCAUGACGUCCUUCUCUCAGACUGCCACUUCCUGUACCGGGCCUUCCCCAUCCAACAAGGCCUGAGGCCAGCCACACAAAGGGGGAGGGGCAUCUUUUUUCAACCCAGACAACGUAUUCAAAAUAUGCAUUAUUUCAUUAUUUUAUGUUUUAAUGUUUAUGUUUUUUUUCAAGGUCUUUCCAAUAUCAUUGUAGCAUUGUAUUUGGUGAGGAGAGAGGCCGUUUGAUCUUUCCAAGCGACAGUGUUAAGGAGGCAGACGCUCGCUGGACUGGGGCCAGCUAGUUUCCGGAAGGUUCCGGAGCCCGGAGUGUGGGGCUCUGCUAGUCAGUUACCCCCCCCAAACCCCCACCCCACCCCCCAUGGCUGGCUGUCUGACUGAGCAGCGAGAGCUCAUUAGAAAUAAGUGCAUUGUUUUCUUAUUCGCUCACACACGCACACACACAUACACACAGACAGGCUGCAAAAACACACACACGCAUACACACACACGCAUGCACACACACACGCAUAAACACACACACACACCUGCACUUGCACACACACACACACAUACAUGCAUGAGCACACACACACAAGCAUGGGCACACACGUACACACAUACACACAGCACAAGGGCACACAAACACAUGCACACACACACACACACACACACAGCGCACACAAACACAUGCACACACAGACACACAGACACACACACACACGCAAACAGACACAAGGUUUUUUAUAGUAUGGAGAUUGUUACUAUUUCCAGACCUGCUUUUUGUACGUUGUGUUAUCAUUAGAAAAAGUGGUGUGUGUGUCGGCUAUGUCAAGGUUUCCGUUCCUUGUUUUGUUUCUUUGACGACGGCGAUGCUCGACGAUCCGCGGACCGCCGCAGGUGACCGCUCGGCGGGGACGGAACCCUCACCUGCCGCAGGUGACCGCUUGGCGGUGACGGAACCCUCGCCCUCCGCGUCCCAGCGCAUCAAUCAGACCGCGGCCAAACCCCACUCUGUGAUGACUCUCAUGGUGGCAAUGCGAAAUAAAUGUGAUGUAUAUUUUUAA